AUGUCUCCGUUACAUAUUCUGCAGGACUCAGUGAUCGCCAACGCAGUUUUCAAUCCAACUAACUGUCAAAUAGGUGCCGGGUCGGGGGGUUCAUCUACCGCUUACUAUCUCCGAACUUACGCCGAUUACUAUUCCAUUCCCGUAAACAUUACGAUAUUCGAACGCGAAGACUAUGUUGGCGGAAGGUCCACCACGGUUGACGUAUUCGAUGAUCCAUCACUGCCCAUAGAGCUGGGGGCAUCCAUAUUCGUCGAGGCGAAUAAAAAUCUCAUGAGAGCCGCAAAGAACUUUGGCCUUGACAUUCAAGAUGCUGGCGUUGCUCGACCCAAAGAAGCAACAGACAACCUGGGUGUGUGGGAUGGAAGCAAAUUCGUAUUCCAGCAGAGGGAGGGCAACUAUAGAUGGUGGAAUAUAGUGCAACUUCUGUGGAAAUAUGGAUGGGCCCCCAUGCGAACCCAGGACUUGAUGAAGUCUACUGUCGGAAAGUUUUUGAAAUUGUACAGAUAUCCAUUGUUUCCGUGGAAGAACCUUUCGGAAGCCGCACGAAGCAGUGGUCUGGUUGAGGCAACCUGGGCUACAGGAGCAGAAUUCCUGAAAGAAAACCACAUAUCGGAGGCAUUCUCGAGAGAGAUCAUCCAAGCAAGUACUCGCGUGAACUAUGGUCAAAACCUUCCCCUUAUUCAUGGACUGGAGACUAUGGUCUGCAUGGCAGCUCAAGGUGCGGUUUCCAUUCAGGGGGGAAAUUGGCAGAUAUUCAGCGGUAUGGUAGAAGCAUCCCAGGCCGUCUUGAAACUUGAAUCCCAAGUUACAAGCUUGAAAAGGGAAGAGGAUAACACCUAUACCGUCUCUCAUAAUUGCAAGGCCAACAGAACCGAGGACGAGGUGUUUGACCAAGUUGUACUUGCUGCACCACUCCAGUUCUCUGAUAUCAAGCUCGAACCCCCCCUUGACAACCAACCUGACAACAUUCCCUAUAUGACGCUACAUGUCACUCUUUUCUCCUCACCUCAUAAGCUAUCUCCUAAAUAUUUCAACCUGCCGCUGAGCAACAUGGUACCAGAAACUGUUCUCACUACCCUACCCAAGGGUCUCAACCUGGGACAUCGCCGCGACGGAGUUGGUCCUACUGGGUUCUGGAGCAUAAGCACUCUUCGAAAGGUGCGACAGCCAAAUACAGGGGAGGAUGAGGGCAAAUAUCAUUACGUAUACAAGGUCUUCUCCCCCGAACGCCUAAAUGCGAUGUUCUUAUCCGGUAUCCUGGGUCUGGAAGGGCCGAUAAACGGGACUAUUGCCGACUUUCCAGAGGCCGACAUCAGCUGGAGUUAUGAGAAAGUGUGGCACCCAUAUCCUGUCCUAUAUCCCCGGGUGACGUUUGAGAGCAUCAAACUGUCUCCGGGCCUGUGGUAUACCAGUGGAAUCGAAAGUCUGAUCUCAACGAUGGAGACGAGCUCGCUUUCCGGAAUGAACGUUGCUGCCCUGAUGGUCUCUGAGUGGACGGAAGACUUCAACCCCAAGAUGAACAUCUUCGAAGGCGAAUCCAGGUGA